GCCCAUGAUUUCCACAAACUUCCCCUGCGCCUCUUCCACACCCAAUCCAGUCGCAGUCUCAGGUAUUUUCGUUUUCUACGCUCCAUCGCCGGUCAACAUCCAAUCGACGCGCCACCACUCGUCCGACCGCCGCGCUGCCCAUCCGUUUCUCAACUCUGAAUUGGGAAACCCUAAUUUGCCUCAAAUUACAUUCGAAGAGCGAAGUGCGAAAAUAUGGUGAGUGCCGUCAAAGGGUUGUUCAUUACAUGUGACAUCCCCAUGGCACAGUUCAUAAUCAACAUGAACAAGUCAUUGCCUCAAUCGCAGAAGUUCAUACUACACAUCUUGGACGACACGCAUCUCUUUGUCCGGUCAGAUGUAGGGGGGAUGAUUCGCAGUGCCGUUUCGGACUUCAGAGAUUCAAACAGUUACGAGAAACCUACGUAACAUCCGAAAGCAAACGCGAAUGCAUGCAUAUUUGCUGUGUGUAUUCUGGAUGGAGUUUCUAAAGAUUGACUGGUAUACCCUCCCUUUAACUCAUUUGCGUUAUAAUUCCUCCGUCCCUAAAAAAAAUUCUCCUUUGCUUUUUUCAGGAAGUUUAUAUAAAAGUAAAAUUGUAUGGCGUAAGUUUGUGUAAGAAGUUUUUUUUUUAAGGCAGGAAGUAAAUUUCUCAAUCACUC